AGGGCUUCUCGGUAACGUAACUGAAGAGGAAUCUCUCUGGAAUUAAAAGACAAACUGAAAAAGCGACCGAGGACAGAAAUAUCCGAGGCCAGAAAGCUUCCUCCGGCCGAUAAGAUCUCAUCUUGAAACUGUAUUAGGACUUGACUGCAUUCGGACACACAUAAUCCGAAGCGACAGACUUGGACUGUGGAAGUUGGGAUACGUGCACAGCGGAAAACACACAGCUGAGCUAGCGGGAGACACUAUCCACCAGCUAAACGGCACCACUAGCUAGACGGCUAACGUUAUAACUGUCCAGUCAACUUGCUUUCAGAAACACUGGGAUCGAAAUUCAUUCACAAGCUCAGGCUCUGUGAGAAUCCCGGGACUUGCUUAAUGAAUUAUGUCUACCACAAGCAUUGACCCUCAGAGAUCAAAGGGACAAGCGUCUAAAGUGCAAAAUGGUUCACUGCAUCAGAAGGAGACUGUCCACGACAAUGACUUUGAGCCAUACCUCACUGGUCAAUCAACUCAGAACAACAGCUACCAGUCCAUGACCGACCCCUAUCUGUCCAGCUACUACGCCCCCUCCAUUGGAUUUCCUUAUCCCCUCAGCGAGGCCCCCUGGUCCACUGGUGGAGACCCUCCCAUUCCAUACCUCACCCCUUAUGGACCCUUGAGUAAUGGAGAUCAUCACUUUAUGCCGGACACAGUGUUUGGCCAGCCAGGGGGCCUGGGCAGCAGCAUAUACCCCCACAGGUUUAACUUUUUCCCUGAGAGCCCAGCUUUCUCUGCCUGGGGCACCAGUGGUUCCCAGGGCCAGCAGACUCAGAGCUCAGCCUAUGGGGGCAGCUACAGCUAUCCCCCUAGCUCUCUGGGGGGCACCCUGGUUCCUGAUGGCCAAACAGGUUUCCAUAGUGACACCCUCAACAAGGCCCCCGGCAUGAACAGCCUGGAGCAAGGCAUGGUCGGCCUGAAGAUCGGUGGGGACGUCACUGGCCAGGGGUCGGGGGUCAAGGCUGUAGGCUCUGUGAUUGGUGGACCUGCAGUUGCAGCCACAGGGAAUGGCGCCACGCCUAUUGGCAUGCCCCCACCCAAACCCACCUCCUGGGCAGCCAUUGCCAGCAAGCCAGCCAAGCCCCAGCAGCUGAAGGCAAAGGUGAAGCCAGGUGUGCCCACUCCAGGGGGAGCUCUCCCUCCACCUCCUAUCAAACACAACAUGAACAUUGGCACCUGGGAAAAGGGGCCAGUGACUAAAGUGGCAACAGGUCCGCUGCAGCAGCAACAGCCCCUUGGCCUGCCCCAUGCCAUGCAACCUCAACCCCCCAUCCAGCAAGCAUCCAUGCAGCCUCCCCCUCCCCAGUCUUUGGUGCAACCCCAGAUGCAGCCCAUAGCCUUACAGCCCCAGCCCCCCCAUCACCAGCACCACCAGCCUCCCCCCCAGCCCUACCAGAACCACUCUCAACCCCCCCCUCCCCAGACCCGUUGGGUUGCCCCGCGCAAUCGUAACCUUGGCUAUGGGCAGGGUGUACCUGGCCUUGAAAGCAGUGGUGUGAUGGGAAUGGUGGGCAGUGGAAACGGCGGCCCUGCAGCUUCUACCAGCCUGGGAUCUGGUGGUGAGUCUCACCCAGUGCUGGAGAAGCUGCGCGCAGCCCAUAGCUACAACCCCAAGGAGUUUGAGUGGAACUUGAAGAAUGGCCGUGUUUUCAUCAUUAAGAGUUACUCCGAGGACGAUAUCCAUCGCUCCAUCAAGUACUCCAUCUGGUGCAGCACGGAGCACGGCAACAAGCGUCUGGACUCGGCCUUCCGGGCCAUGAAUGGUAAAGGUCCCGUUUACCUACUGUUCAGUGUCAACGGCAGUGGCCAUUUCUGUGGCGUAGCAGAGAUGCGCUCCCCAGUGGACUACGGCACCAGUGCCGGCGUAUGGGCGCAGGAUAAAUGGAAAGGAAAGUUUGACGUGGAUUGGUUGUUUGUUAAGGACGUGCCUAAUAGCCAACUGCGCCACAUCCGCCUAGAGAACAACGAUAACAAGCCAGUGACUAACUCCCGUGACACCCAAGAGGUUCCCCUGGAGAAGGCCAAGCAGGUGCUCAAGAUCAUCGCCACAUACAAACACACCACCUCCAUCUUUGAUGACUUUUCCCACUACGAGAAGAGGCAGGAGGAAGAGGAGGAGGUGCGCAAGACCUUUGAGCCUGCUCCCAUCCAGAACCGUUCUCGGUUGGAUCAGGAGCGCCAAAACAGGAAUAAACAAUAGAAGACAAUUAUACUUGGCUUGAUCAACAGUUACACUAGGACUUUUGAUUUAAGAGACAGAAGAAAAUGAAAAUACAACCAAGCCCUUCUUCUUCUUUUUUUUUUUUUUCUAUUCAAUCCUGGUGAAUCUCUGCAAGUGUUUGGACUUGUGCUUUUUUUGCCCCAUGUACCACCCACUUUUUGUGCAGGGAUAACGAGCUGAUUUAAUGUAUUGCCUAGCCACCACCGCACCAUUUCCUUCUGAUUUUUUUUUUUUAAGUUUUCCCCUGUUCGUUCCAUCUCGUACUCUUCUCUCAUCAGACUGGGUUUAUCGCUCUUACCCCCUGCCCCCUCCUCCUCUCUCCAGUUGAAUCAGGGUUUGACUGCACCAUGGAGAAAAAAAAAUCUGCCACUUACAUAUGUGUGUGUGUGUGUGUGUGUGUGUGUGUGUGGUGUGUGUGUAUGUAUAUAUAUAUAUAUAUAUAUAUACACACACACACACACCACACACACACAAACACAUACACACAAACACAAACACACACGCCAUCAGGAACUGAUGUGUCCUGCCCCUAUUUGUCCAUUAGGGGGCAACAUUGCCAUGCUUCAGAGUUUUAACUGUGCCAACAGGGUUGGAGGAUCCCCAAAGGCAAUGUCGGACUUGGAACUGUGCGAUAAAUAAAACUUCAACGGUUUUAUCUAUUUUUCAUUCAGAUCAACAAAAAAAAAUCUCUAUUUUUUGGCUUACUACUGACAAUUUUCAUUUCAGAAGCCUGUUUUUUCUGGAGCCUUAAUGUUUUGUUUUCUAGUUUAUCGAUGACUUCUCAAAAAGAACCGCUCUAUACCAGUGACAGUGCUAGAGAAAAUCAGGGAUAGUGUGAAGUCACACGGGACUCGAGACAUUUCGGAGGAGGAACUGCAACGGCCUCUGGGAAGGAAAUGACUGAUGUGUCCUCCACCACCAGAGCUCUCAACCAUUCAAAUCAAACAAUUGUACUAUCGACAUCCCUCGCACCCCUCUGCUUCGGUUUCUUCUGACGUUCGUCUCCAAGGGGUUGUGUGUGUGUGUGUGUGUGUGUGUGUGUGUGUGUGUGUCUGUCAUCGGGAGGUUUUGCUCGUGUACGCAAUCCAGUCUGAGAGAAUUGCCGCAUCCAACAUUUUAAAUUGUUUUAUAAUUGGGAACUGUGUAAUGAUGUAACUGCACCAUCUGAACGAGUUGUCGCUUUUGCUUCUUCUUUUGUUUCGUUUGUGUUCCAGAAAAGGGGGGAGGGUUCACAUAUUUGUCCAUUCACCAUCAUUCUGUCUUAAUCCUUUUGUUUGUUUGUUUGUUUGUUUGUUGUUUUUUCUUCUUUCCUAUCAAAUUUGGUUUUUGCUAAGUCUAUCAUUGUUUGUAAUGCUAAGCUUUAAUGUAGGAGCCUAUAGACAUGGAGAAAGCCUAAAAAAAAUGUAUAACCUAAAAUUAAUGUAACUGAUUUACUAUCAAGAGUAAGAAAAAGAAAAAAACCAAGAAAGAAAUGUGGUUUCUGUGUGUUUUUUGGUUGUUGUUGCUGAAAGUAGUUUUUGUCCUAGAUUGAAACCAUUGAUUAUGAUAAAGUAAUAUCACAUAUAUCAUGCAAAAGGAGUUGAUCGGGGAUUGAAUAGGAGACACAAAGUCGGUCACCGAAGGGGGUGUGAGUCCAGGCGUAGCAAGCUGCCAUGUAGUCGGUCUGUCCAGAUGUCCUACAUGCUGUGGCAUGGUUGUGUCAUGAGGGUGGCGAUGUUUUUGUUAUGGUUCCCCGGUUGUUUUUUGGACCCUGUUCUCAUGUCACUUGACUUUCACAACACUCAGCACGCAGACUGAUGGCUGCACAUUCAGCACCAGCCAGCGGGUCCUCUCCGCUUGAUCUGUUGAAACUGUCCCUUUGCUAUCUGGUGAAAAGUCACCGUAAGGCAGAAAGAAAUGUGGUUACUGCACAUGGGCCUGGUUGUUGUCUUCAUGCAAGGGGACCUCUUGGUUUCAACCUUGUGUGAGAAUCCCAACAUGGCUGCAUAAAAAAAAAAAAUCAACUUUUUUUGUGUGUUUGUUGAAUCAGAUGCAGCUGUAUGAGUCAAGCUACAGCAUCCACUAAAAUGACCGGUCCAUCUUUUUCAGAUUGUGUGUACUGUUCUGUCAUUUCUCAUGAGUGUCAGUCUAUCCCCUCCUGUAAGUGUGAAAUGGGACAAGUGCUGGACUCUGCAGAGGUCAGUCGGUCCAUUGUGAGUGUGUGUAUGUCUCAGAACCUCCCCCACCCCCACUACCACCACCAACACCACCACCACUCCAGAUAUCCGAAGCGUAUUUUGGCCAGUGUAGCCGCCAUGCCAUUAUGUGAACUGACCUUAAAUACCUGCUUGGACCCUACCUCCCUUCGCCUGCCCCCCCCCCUUUUUACCCGCGCCAGUCUGGGAGAGCGUGGCU